CAUGGACUUCAUUGCUUACAGCUGUGCUGCUGUGUACAUUGUCGAAGUUUCGUUUUCAGACGAAAAAUACAAGUCAUUUCUUCGUACUUUCUCAAUUAAAUUUUUUGAUCCUCAAUCAGUAUUAAAAAGUCGGUCGGAGUGUAAAAUAGUCGCGUUUUUUAUCAAUGGACAGCAUUUAAUAUUUUUAAAUGCAGACUAAUAUGAUUAUAGAGUCUGGCUUAUUUAUUGAACCGUUUUGAAGAAGUGUUACACUAUGGCGGAUGGGGCUUUGGUCUUUGGAGCGAAUCUAAACGCGAGUUGUUUGACCUCUCGAGCAAAGAAAGUCAGCAGCAGCAGCAGUAUUUCAGUAGCAGCGAACAUGAGGAGAAAGACGCGACAGAGCAACAGAAGAGACAUUCACAACCGGGUCGUCUUGGAGAAGGUCCUGGGCAUCACUGCCUCCAGCAGCAGUGCUUUAACCUGUGACCCCAACACUGGUUUAGUGGCUUAUCCUGCAGGUUGUGUAAUUGUCAUCCUGAGCCCAAAGAAAAACAAGCAGACUCACAUAUUUAAUACAUCCAGGAAAACCUUCAGUGCCUUGGCUUUCUCGCAGAAUGGAAAAUAUUUGGUCACCGGUGAGAGCGGGCACAUGCCCUGUGUGCGUGUGUGGGACGUGGCAGAGCGGACGCAGGUGGCAGAGGUCCAGUGCCAUAAGUACGGGGUGGCGUGUGUAUCUUUCUCCCCCAACGGAAGCUAUAUAGUGUCUGUGGGAUACCAGCACGACAGGACAGUCAGCGUCUGGGAGUGGAAGAAGGGGACUGUUAUUGCAUCCAACAAGGUGUCCAGCCGUGUGCUUGCUGUAUCUUUCUCGGAGGACAACAGCUACUUUGUAACCGCAGGGAACAGACAUGUGAGGUUCUGGUACCUUGAUGCCUCAAAGGAGAGAAGGGUGAACAGCACAGUGCCUCUGAUUGGUCGCGCAGGGUUGCUCGGGGAGCAUCAGAACAGUCAGUUCUGUGGUUUGGCGUGUGGCCGUGGCUCUAUGGCCAGCAGCACCUAUUGCAUCACACACACGGGUCUGCUGUGCCAGUUCAACAGCAACAGACAACUGGAUUCCUGGGUUGAUCUCAAGACGACAUCUGCACAGUGCUUAUCGGUGAGCGAGACGUUUGUUUUCUGCGGAUGUGCAGAUGGCACAGUGCGUGUAUUCAGUCCACAGGACCUGCGUUACAUCACCACGCUGCACCGGCCGCACUGCUUGGGAGUAGAUGUGUCUCAGGGCACCCAGCCGGGGCAUUUGUUUGGUGCAAACCCAGAAGCACAGUAUCCAGAUACCCUGGCUUUAACCUUUGACCCUGUGACCAGGCACUUAACGUGUGUGUAUAACGACCACAGUGUGUACGUGUGGGACGUGCGGGACGUUCGGAGCGUAGGCAAGGUCUACUCAGCUCUGUACCACAGCGGCUGUGUGUGGAGUGUGGAGACCUACCCUGAGCUUGAAGAUUCAUUAGCAGCGUGUUUGUCCCCCGGCUCUUUCCUCACCUGUUCAUCCGAUAACACCAUCCGCCUGUGGAAGAGUGAUUCAGGACACGGCCUUCGCCACAACCUUUACAGCCAGGACAUCGUAAGGAUAGUGUAUGUGGACGAUGACACACAGUACCUCAAAGCUGAGGCUGAGAAAGCUGAGGGAGCAAGCCAGGAUGGUAAAUCUGGGAUCAGGGUGCUGGGAAUCAGCCCAGAUGGCCAACAUUUGGCUGCUGGAGACCGCAGUGGAAACCUGAGAAUCUUCGGCUUGCAGUUUAUGGACGAGCUGCAGAAAAUCGAAGCUCAUGAUUCGGAGGUUUUGUGUCUAGCCUUCUCCCCUACUGAGACCGGUUUGCAUCUGUUGGCUUCUGCGAGUCGUGAUCGGCUCAUUCACAUCUUUGACAUGGAGAACAAAUGCAAUCUAGUGCAGACAGUUUAUGAUCAUUCGGCCUCCAUCACUGCCAUCAAGUUUACAGGAUUGAGUUCAGAGUUGUGUAUGGUUAGCUGUGGAGCUGAUAAGAGCAUAUAUUUUCGAUCUGCUGAAAAGACCUCGGAAGGCUUGAACUUCUCACGAUCACAUCACAUAGUGGAGAAGAGCACACUGUAUGAUAUGGACCUGGACGCCACACGCACACACACGGCCAUCGCGUGCCAAGACCGUAACAUUAGAGUGUACAAUGUGCAGAGUGGCAAGAUGAAAAAGUGUUUCAAGGGCUCCCUGAAUGAUGAUGGGACACUGCUGAAGGUUCAGUUGGAUCCCUCUGGGAUGUUUCUGGCCACCAGUUGUUCAGACAAAAAUAUCUGUAUCUUUGACUAUGAGUCAGGCGAAUGUGUAGCCACCUUAUUUGGACAUUCGGAAAUUGUUACAGGUAUGAAGUUCAGCCAGGACUGCAGGCAUCUGAUUACCGUCUCUGGCGACAGCUGUGUGUUUGUGUGGCGGUUGGACUCUCAGAUGACCAACUCCAUGAGGAAGAGGCUGGCAGAGAGGAAGCAGCAAGCAGGUCUGACAGUUCAGCAGGCCGCCGGCAAGCAGCAAGCCAUCAGGAGAGAGACCUACAUCACUGUACCCUGUAGUGCAUUGCCUCACAUGGAGGAGGAAGAGGAGGGCAGCUUGAUGCCAGAGGAGACUCCAGAAGAUGGUGUGGAGGACUGCAGAACACCAGACAGGCUCGAUUCCACUGAUGCAUCUGUGGAUUCUUUGGUGCUCCAAACCAAUGGCAAGAUGCCCAUGUGGGUUCGUAGACUGGGUGGAGGAGGUGAAAAUGAUGGUGGUGGAGGAGCUAAUAGAUCUCAGUACCAGCCACAGGGACGCUGGGCAGUGCAGUCAGAUCCACUAGCCAUCCGCACAGUACUGGAGAAGAAGAGCAUGCAGCUUCCCCUCUCACACACUCCCAGCAGAGCCGUGGGAGUGGAAGACUUUGAGGAAGACUCUCACUUUCACCCUCAAAGUUUCGACAGUCUGCUGGAUGAAGAUGUUGAUGAUCUAGAGGAGGAGGAAAAGAUUUCCAGUGAUUCCCGAGUUGGGUUUAGCUCUUCGCUCCAAGGGCCAGAUUUUCUGCAAUUGCCACAUGGAGAGGAGAACUUCCAUCCAGAGCUCAGCUCACCAGAGAAGACAGGCUACAUUUUGUACCCAGCAAACAGCACUGCUCUGUCCACUGGAGAAGGAGAGUUUGAUGUUAAAGCUCUGUGUGAGGGUGCAGGUGAUGACCCUGAGGAAGAGGAGCUAAGUCCAGAUAGUGCUUGUUCGGCUGAGAGUCCAGCCUCCCAUAGCGACCAGCCCCAUGACCAGGACACGGACUCCCUCAGUCAGGUGAGCUCCACAGGAAGCUCAGGAGUUGAAGAGGAUGAAGAAGAAUCUGGGACCUUGCUUCACCAACAUUUUGACUCUCUGGGUGUGGCGGCUAAUGAAAAGUUCAACACAGACUUGAACAGUCUGCAGCCCACAACAGAGAGUAACUUCCUCAAUCCUCGUCUCAGCAUCUCCACGCGCUUCCUCUCACGCUUUCAGAGCCGCUUUCGCACUAUUGGGACUAGUGGCAGUGCUGUUUGCCGGCCUGCAGCUUGCCUGCCCAGUAUACCAGAUGAAUCCACUGAUAGCUGUCUGACCCUCGAUGGAACAAUGGACAAGUCCAAGGUUCUUUCAAACAACAGUGGAAGCAUUGAGGAGAACGAGAAAAGUGUUACCAAGAAACGUUCCUCCGUGGCUGCUCGGAAAUCUUACCAAAACUUAUCUUUAUUACGCUGGAAAAAUGCUCUGGGAGAAAUCACAAACAAGAGCAUUCAGUCCAAAGCUCACAAUACUGUCAACACUGCAGGCGUCCUCCCCACCAAAUCUACCAGCAGUGCAUGUGACACAUCUGUAACGCGCUCCCGCCAAAGCUACAUGGGUCCCACUGCAAGCUCCCGAGCAAAGAUAACCCAGAACAACUCUGUGGAGAGUUUGAACGUGUGUACAUCAGAGGAAGUGCAGUUAAAUACCCCGUUUAUGUCUCUGGACCUAAGUGUGGACCAAAGCAAAGAGAACAUUGUUCCUCCUUCCUCUUCAGUUGUGUCCUCUGGAUCGUCUCAUCCGACACCAGCUCUCUCUACUCCUGCCUCGGGUAACCACAGUGCCCGGGCAGCUCUUCGAUUGGACCUCCUUGGCCUCAGUCAUGCCAGUCUGUCACCGGUGUCACUCAAGAGCCGUCUAGGGAAAGCUGAAUGUGCCGAGUCUCCGCGUCGACAGGCUCUGGUGACGCCCACAGAGAUGCGGUCACUGGGGAAGGAGUGUCGGAAGCAGAUCGUUAAUAUUGAGCAGAGUUUGGUUUCUAAGACUUCAAGCAGGUUCUCAACAGGGUCUGAAGUGUUUGCCAGGAACUCCACGGUGUCAGAAACCAGUCAUUCUGUGGUUGAAGAUCUGCAGUUUACCGAGUCGUGUGGGAAUACACAGGCCACCAAUCAGAUCUCAACGACUAGCUCAGUAACUGUAGACAGAGUAGAUCCUACAGAAAAGGACACAGGAUUUUCUGCGGAGUCAUUGAGUGUCCAGAUGUGUAAGGAGAUGGUGAAUGAACUCUGGCAGACCAUCCAUAAAGCAACUGGCUUUUAUAACAAGUUGUGUGCCGUCCCGGAGCUGUCAGAGCAGCAGGAGCAGAUGAAGAGUAUUUUGCAGGAGGUGUUCGUGGGGGUACAGAGUGAGCUGAAAUCCCUGUGCCCACAAAAGACACGCCCCUCGCCCCAAAGCGCCCGUCCCGUACCGGAGGACUCUCCCGGCCGUCAGCUCCGGGACGACAGGACCGUGGCCCUCCUGGAGAAAUAUUCAGAGAUGCUCUUACUCCGAAUGACUGAAAAAGGAGCACAGGCCACACUGGAGUAACGGCUCAGUUCCCAUCAUUUGAUUGGCAAAAAACUUCUAAUGGCAUAGAUCCAUAAGCACCUUUGAACCUUAAUGUCUUCCUUUGGUUUGAUGUUUUUAAAUAAAUAUGUAAAUGCAUAUUAGAAUAAUUUUUUUUUUUUUUUUUUUGAAACUGGUCUUUUAUACUACCCCCCCCCCUUUUUUUUUUAACACUACAUUUCAAUACCUGAGUGUAUUUGGUCACAUACACUUUUAUUAUUUUUUAUGUUUUGAAGAUUUGUCAAGGCAAAUCUUCAGGACCUCCCCCCAUUAUAUCCUUGUAUUCCAAAGGUAACACUUUCAAAACUGUACAUAAAAUAUCAAAGUUGAAUUAUGUACUCAGUUUUGUGUUGAAGUUUUGAUGUUUGAUGCUUUUGUAGUUUUACACCAUUUCACACUGCCACAACCACGCAGACUAACUAAGAGGUGUUCCAUUGUCAUUUUAUUUCGAGUGUUGCUCUGAAUAGUGACUUCCCGAAGCAUCAGGCUAUGACUCACAAUUUGCUUGCCACUGUUAUGCUUUGUCAUGUUGACGUGCAAUCCUUUUUUUUUUUCUUCUUCUUUUCACAGAAAAUGUAUAGUUGUCUGUUUUCAAAGGCUUUGUAAAUAUGUUUUUAACCAGCUAUUUGCACUGUUUUAAUAUU